AUGCAUGUCGUUUGCAUAAAAAUAAUUGUUUUGUGUUAUCUUAAGUUUGGUGAAAGUCCCAAAGAGCAUCUUAAACCGUCUAAACAAACACACCCUCAUAAGACAAGAGAGCAGUUUGCAAAAUUUGGACAAGCUUCUGCAAAUCCACACGGUAACCGUCAUCAUCAUGGAUCCCCAAGACACCUCCACAAUCUCCUCUUCACCCACCGCCCACAUGGUCCAUCACCCAGAGGUACUCCAACAUCUAAGAAUGUUAUCAACCCCAGUUCUCAAGCUCCACUAGCCACUUCUAGUGCUCCCCCAACAGCAAACACCAAGGCUUCCGCCGCCUCUACCAGCAAAACUACAGGCUUUGCAUCCAGCACCACAGCUCCCAGCACCCUCCAACCCAAGGCCACCACAUAUGCUGCAGCAGCCGGCUCUGCCCCUGCCCCUGAUGCCAGCACUGCCCCUGCCCCUGAUGCCCGCUCCGCCCCUCCCCCUGAUGCCGGCUCCACCCCUCCCCCUGAUGCCGGCUCCGCCCCUCCCCCUGAUGCCGGCUCCGCCCCUCCCCCUGAUGCCGGCUCCGCCCCUCCCCCUGAUGCCGGCUCCGCCCCUCCCCCUGAUGCCGGCUCCGCCCCUCCCCCUGAUGCCAGCACUGCCCCUCCCCCUGAUGCCGGCUCCGCCCCUCCCCCUGAUGCCAGCACUGCCCCUCCCCCUGAUGCCGGCUCCGCCCCUCCCCCUGAUGCCCGCUCCGCCCCUCCCCCUGAUGCCAGCACUGCCCCUCCCCCUGAUGCCGGCUCCGCCCCUCCCCCUGAUGCCGGCUCUGCCCCUCCCCCUGAUGCCGGCUCCGCCCCUCCCCCUGAUGCCGGCUCCGCCCCUCCCCCUGAUGCCGGCUCUGCCCCUGCCCCUGAUGCCGGCUCUGCCCCUGCCCCUGAUGCUGGCUCUGGCUCUGCCCCUGAUGCUGGCUCUGGCUCUGCCCCUCCCCCUGAUUCUGGAGAGAGUCACAGAGACCCCAGCCUACAAGUGCCUAGACCACCUGCUCGACUUCCUCCACCACGCAUUCCUUCCGUCCCAGGAUUUGUUCAACGCCCUUCUCUAUCCUCUGGUCCUGGGAGAAUUCCACCAUACCUUCUUCUACCUUCUGGUCCAGGCAGAAUUCCACCACGCCGUCCUUUCUUCCCAGGUUAUCCAAAUCCACCAAGACGUUAUCCAUCUAGACUUCAACCGUUCCUUCCAUAUCCUCCAUUUUAUCCUCCCUUCUUUCCACCUCUACCCCCAAAACCAGCAACUACAACAGACUCCCCUAAUAUCUCCAUUACUAACACAACAAACUCCAUUACAAACAUAACAGUCCCCAGUGCCAACACAACAGACUCCAUUAUCAACACAACAGUCCCCAGCACCAACACAACAGAUUCCAUUACCAACACAACAGACUCUGUCACAAACACAACAGUCCCCAGCGCCAACACAACAGCCCCCGAUGCUGACACAACAGUCCCCAGUGUCAACACAACAGUCCCCAAUGCCAACACAACAGUCCCCAGUGUCAACACAACAGUCCCCAAUGCCAACACAACAGUCCCCAGUGGCGACACAACAGACUCCAUUAUAACCACAACAGUCCCCAUAAUAGACAAUACAGACUCCACUACAAACAUAGCAGAACCCACCACUGAAUUCAUCAACCCCACAACUACAUCAUCCAAUACCCAAAAAUCCUUUAUUAAGAGAUUUUUAGAAAAAUUUCUUUCCCUUUUUGGAUAUGGAAGAGAUAGCCCAUGA